CCGCCCCCCUCGGCGGCUCUUUCUCUCUCAGCGCGACGCUCCUCAGCGGCAAGAUGGCGGCGGCGCAGCCGGAGUCCCGCGACGGAGCCGCGCAGUCGGCGAAGCCGGCGUCCGAGACUGACCCCCUCAGCCGUUUUACGUGUCCCGUGUGCCUGGAAGUGUUCGAGAAGCCGGUGCAGGUGCCCUGCGGACACGUCUUUUGCUCUGCAUGCCUGCAGGAAUGUCUGAAGCCGAAGAAACCUGUCUGUGGGGUGUGUCGCAGCGCUCUGGCACCUGGCGUCCGAGCUGUGGAGCUCGAGCGGCAGAUCGAGAGCAUAGAGACUUCUUGCCAUGGCUGCCGUAAGAAUUUCGUCCUAUCUAAGAUCCGGGCCCACGUGGCUUCAUGUUCCAAAUACCAGAGUUACAUCAUGGAAGGUGUAAAGGCCACCACCAAGGACGCAUCCCGUCAGCCAAGAAAUGUCCCAAACCGAUAUACCUUUCCUUGUCCUUACUGUCCCGAGAAGAACUUUGACCAGGAAGGACUUGUGGAGCACUGCAAACUCACUCACAGCACGGACACCAAGUCUGUGGUGUGUCCCAUCUGUGCCUCAAUGCCCUGGGGAGACCCCAGCUACCGCAGCGCUAACUUCAUGGAGCAUAUCCAGCGCCGCCACCGCUUCUCCUACGACACUUUUGUGGAUUAUGAUGUUGAUGAAGAUGACAUGAUAAACCAGGUGUUGCAGCGCUCCAUCAUUGACCAGUGAACCGGGUCCUGGCUGUCCACCUCACUCUAGAGCUUCCAUUGUGCAUUAAGUGUGAGUCCUUGACUCCUGCACCUCACAUGUAAUGCAGAUCUGGAAUUGAGCCAUGGCACCAGACAGGGUCACUUCUUCAAGGGUGAUGGGCCCCUAGGGCAGAGAGAGCCCUGUUUCCUCUGGGCUCUUACCAGCAUUUGUCUUCCCCCUGGUAACCUUGUUUGUCCCAUGAUCUGCUUUCACUGCACCUCAGCUACUGCCUGCUUUAAGAAGAGUCCAGCUUCUUAUCCCACAGGAUCUUAUUCUCAUUCAUUCUGUUGUCCAGUGUUCAUCUCUCAGGUCCUCCUAGCCAGCCAGGACCUUCCCUGGGCUGUGAAUAGCACAAUAAAGCAGGGACUCCUUGCCUUGGCCCUGAGGUGCCUUGGUUCUGCAGUUUACUGGGCCAGGACUGCUCCUCUUCUGGGUGCAGCGCAGUCUGAUGGUAGAUGUUUUGGUUACUGCUGUUCCCUACACCUGCACAUUGGCACACCUGACGGCUUCUGUCUUAAAUGCCUGACGGUGCCUUUUUAGCAUAAGGUAUCACCAUAGAAUUGUAGUGGAAAUGCUGGGUAGCAAAGAUGGGGUGUGUUCGUCUGUAAGUAGGGAGAAGGUUGUAGGGGUGUGUGGCUUUUGGUUUUCUUUGAUCCUGAUGGGUAUUCUCAGGUGGCUGGGUCGUGUGCCCUCUAUUGUUGAGUAUCUGCUGACAUUCUUGCUGAAGAAUUGGAGGGAGGCACCGACUGCUGUGUGCUGCUUGGCAACGUGAUGAGCCUGAGCAGUAUUGCUGCCUCCUUGUGCAAGUAUAUGUUUUAAACCUGCCUUUUGGUGUGGAGGUAGCAGUAAAGCCAGGGUCAUACCCAUGGGAAGUUAAGAAAGUUAGGCCCCUGCGCAGUAGAGGGAGGUGGUCUGCUGGAGGCUUUCUUGAGCAGCAGCUCUAAAAGCUGGAAAUCCAGCACAUUUUACAGAGCACAAGGAAGAGCACCACCAGUCUGUUCCACACAACAGACCCUCUAGCAGACCUAGGGCUUUGGGAUAAGUCAUCUUUCCAGUCAUGUGGCUCUGGUCCAGCUGAGACUGCAUGCUACAUUGUGCUUCUGACACCACACCUCCACAGUGGUGCCUCUGCCUGCCAGGGCAAAGCUAGCUCAGAUACCAGCAGAGUCAGACAGGAUCAUUUUGCCAACGUUACUGCUGCUUCACUGUACCCUCUGGAAAGGUUUGCUCAGGAGAUGUGUGGAGGGAGGUUCCACAAGACCUUGCCCUGAGGAACUGAAAAAGGCACAGCUGUGCCACAGUGUGGCAGGGACCUCCUGUCCUGCAUCACACUCGCUGUUUCUAAUAUAAUGACUUUCCAGAAAGUGUGGUUAUGUUCUGUCUUUUAAAAGAUGAAAUAAAAAUAAAUUUCAUAAUUUAUCCAA